ACGCGCCUUCGCCACACAUUUGACCAGACCAGGGAGAGAUCUGCUGCUGCUGCUCUCCAACCAAUCAACCAUGGGCUCCGUGUCACCACCAGCGCCGGAGGAGGACGCGGCCGCCGUGGAGUCGGCCGGGGCGGCGGCGCGCAUGUUCUGGCAUGAGACAAAGCGGCUGUGGGCCAUCGGCACCCCCAUCGCCAUCGGCACCAUCACCAACUACGCCAUCAGCUCCGUGACCACCAUGUUCAUCGGCCACCUCGGAAACCUCCCCCUCGCCGCCGCCUCCGUGGGCCUCUCCGUGUUCGCCACCUUCGCCCUCGGCUUCCUCCUGGGCAUGGGCAGCGCCCUGGAGACGCUGUGCGGGCAGGCGUUCGGAGCCGGGCAGGUGUCCAUGCUGGGCGUCUACCUCCAGCGAUCCUGGAUCAUCCUUCUCGGCGCCACGGUCCUGAUGGUCCCCGUGUACGUGCUGGCCGAGCCGCUGCUCCUGCUGGUGGGGCAGGACCCGGAGGUGGCGCGCGCGGCGGGGCGGUUCACGCUCUACAUCCUCCCGGGCGCCUUCGCCUUCGCCGUGAACUUCCCGUCGGGCAAGUUCCUCCAGGCGCAGAGCAAGGUGGGGGUGCUGGCAUGGAUCGGCGUGGCGGGGCUGGCGUUCCACGUGGGCAUCACCUACCUCGCGGUGUCGGUGCUGGGGUGGGGGCUCCCGGGCGCGGCGGCGGCGUACGACGUGUCGCAGUGGGCGUCGUCGCUGGCGCAGGUGGCCUACAUAAUGGGGUGGUGCAGGGAGGGGUGGCGCGGGUGGUCCAUGGCGGCGUUCCACGACCUGGCCGCCUUCCUCCGCCUGUCCAUCGAGUCGGCGGUGAUGCUGUGCCUCGAGAUAUGGUACCUGGGCCUCAUCACCGUCCUCACGGGGGACCUGGACGACGCCCAGAUGGCGGUCGACUCGCUGGGGAUCUGCAUGAACAUCAACGGCUACGAGGGCAUGAUCUUCAUCGGCCUCAACGCGGCCAUCAGCGUCCGGGUGUCCAACGAGCUGGGCUCCGGGAGGCCCAGGGCGGCCAUGCACGCCGUGGUGGUGGUGGUGGCGGAGUCGCUGCUCAUCGGCCUCCUCUGCAUGGCGCUCGUGCUCGCCUUCAGCGACAAGCUGGCGCUCGUCUACACCAGCGACGCCCACCUGCUCCGCGCCGUCUCCAGGAUCGCUGGCCUGCUCGGGGUCACCAUGGUGCUCAACAGCGUGCAGCCGGUGCUGUCCGGUGUGGCCGUCGGCGGCGGAUGGCAGGGCCUCGUCGCCUACAUCAACCUCGCCUGCUACUACCUCUUUGGCCUCCCCGUCGGCUACCUUCUCGGUUACUACUUCAACCUCGGAGUCGGGGGGGUUUGGGGUGGCAUGCUCUGUGGAGUUGCACUUCAAACACUCAUUCUACUCUUUGUAGUCUGGAGAACAGACUGGAAGGCAGAGGCUGCGCAAGCUUCAGCUCGUGUGCACAAGUGGGGAGGCACAGAUGAAACCAAACCUCUCUUACAAGGAGAUCAUUCAGACAGAGAUUAGCAUAUGCAUACCCUGUUUCUCUUUUUCUUUUCCCCCUGCGCAGAGCAGAUACGAAGUUGGACUCCAAAUUCAAUUCUUAUCCUGCAUGUACCAGGCAGCUCUGUAUUCUUCAAUUGUACGAUUUUUGUAUACGCUACUGGGUCACAAUUUAUUAACAUUGUACGCUAUUGGGGAUUUGGGGUUCUUCCCUCCCUCUUCUAUUUAUUAUUACAAACAAGAAUACAACAGAUCAAAUUGCAAUUGUUUAGAUGCAGUAAUGACAAUGAUGAUUCCUUGGUUUACAAUGAA